GCCACGACUUUUUACGUUAGAAAAGAUUCUGCAUUGUUUGGUGAUUCGAGGUUAGAAACGUCCUUGCUCUUUGAUGUCGAGAUGUUUCGCUUGUGCAGCAACAAGCUCUUACUUUUCACUAGCUAGCCGAGAAGCAAUAAUGUUGUGCUUCGCUGACGUUGUCACUUGAUCGCGAUGAUGUGCUGCGUCUGCCAAAAGAUGGAGAGGCUAUGAUAAAAAUUGCAGACCUCUACAUGCUUUGAAAGGAAACGCAUUUGAGCCUCCUGGUUUGCUAGGAAGGCUUACAGUAAAUGUCCCGUACAAAAGCACAGGAACUUCACACAGCCCUUAGUACAUGGUGAAGGCUGUUACAGCCAACUACAUAGGAAAUUCAACUCACUGCAUAGUUUAAGGAAUAGUUCAACCACACUACUAAAAGACACAUUGGUUGUUUUAGACUGUUUGCAGUCCAUGGAACAGGUGACAAUUAGAAGAAUGCUGAUGUGUAAAACAUUGAUGUGUCUGCCAGCAAUACUGAUGCUUAUAUCUGAAUGGAGUCACUACAUCAAGUCACAAGAAAUAACAGUGGAUCCUCCUAAGAACAUUAGGAUUAAUGACACUGGCCAUCUCGGCCCUCUCUACAUCCACUGGACCGCUCCAGCCAGCCUGGCCAACCUGACUGACUGUUCCAUGAGAUACCACCUGGAGUACUUCAACACAUACCAGAACCGAUGGACAGUGAUCCGGACUGUACGAACAUGGUACAGUGCUCAGUUUGACCUUGAGAAGGAGGUGAGGGUACGGAUCUCCACCUUACUGAGGGGAGCCUGCGUCAACGGCACCGAGAUAAUGAGCCCCGUCUCAGAGACUGUCCUGACACCCACAUUCACAGGCCCAGUUGGCUCCAGGAUCCAGGAUUUGAAAUGUGUUUUCUAUCAGAAGACGUUUAUGGAGUGCACCUGGCAGAAAGGCUCGGAGGAGCCAGCUCACUCCCAGCGUAGCCUGCACUUCUGGCAUCAGGGGAUGGAGCAGGCUGAAGAGUGUCCUCAGUACAUCUUUUCAAAUGGGGACCGGAUUGGCUGCACAUUCAGUGGGGAAUCUCUCCCAGAGUUCACAAAUUUCAACAUAUGUGUAAACAGCUCCUCUCCCCAGGUGGCUUUGAGGGCGGCAUUCUUUUCUCUCCAAGUCCAGAAUCAUGUGAAACCUGCAGCCAUAGAGAUGUUACAUCUGGAGGCGGGUGCAGACAGGUGUAUCCUGGUGCACUGGGACUUGCCUCACGAGAGGAUCCCCAGACACUGCCUGGAACAUGAGGUGGAAGCAAGAGAGGAGGGCGUAGACCAGGUUCUGCAAAGGAACAUAACCAGGGAGAUGAUGCUGAAUUCCUCUUUGGACGGAGCACAGAGGAAGUGCUUCCGGGUCAGGUCCAGGAUUCACCAGUACUGUGCUGAUAGAGGCUUCUGGAGUGACUGGAGCCAUUGGUCCUGUUACCCAGAUCUGCCUCCUGAUUCUAAUACUUCAGAGUCAAAUGCUGUGGUUGUCUGUGCCCUAGUCAUCAGUCUGAUUAUUUUCAUGUUCAUCCUGUCUCUGUGUGGGUGGGCACUCUGGAGAAAGUGGAAGGGCAGAGAGGGGAAAACAAUGGCUUUUUGUUCCCUGCACAAACUGAUGGAAUACUCCAAAGGAAUGCAUUUCUUCCACUAAAACGAGAGAACCAGUAGUUGAGCCUAGUGAAACUUCACCUUUGGGCACACAAGCCAUUAGCGCACUGAUCUAAUGCAUAUGCAUACAUCUUCUAACACAUGAAAGCAUACAUGUGAAAUCAACAUGAGGAUGGGACAUGAGAGAAGCACUCUUUAAGAUUAAAUAGUAUUGACCUGUAUGCUUUUACUUGCAACUCAAAGUUACUCAUUGGAAUAUGAAAUGUUUAUGCUUUUAAGUUUAUGCGAACUCCAGACACUAAGUUAAAAAGUAUAGCCUACACAUUAUCCAGUUUGUUUAUUUUCUACACUUGCUAUUGCAUGUUUUUUACAUUGUUAAUUAUACUUAUUGAAGUAUUAUCCCUUACGGAAAAUAUGUAUUAGAAUCAUAUAAGACUUGUCUGUGUUUUACCUAUUUAGUGUAAGUAAUACAUAUGGCUUCAACUACACAUACAAUAGUAGAUUCUCA